AUGCUUCCAGAGUCUUUGAUCUCCGUUGCCAACAAGGCGGAGCUGACGUCAUCGUUCCAGGCUGCCUGGAAGUAUGUGAUGGCCCGGGACCACCAGGUGAAGCUUUUCGAGGUGGAGGAUUUCAAUGCCUGGACGACCUUCGCUGCAGUCUUCGUCUGCCUGAUUAUGCUCGACAACUUCUACCUCAACCGCAGCGCCGAAGAGUUGACAAUUGGGCGCGCACUGCGCUACACCCUCUUCUGGAUCUCCACGGCCUUUGCUUUCUGUGGCUGGAUUUGGUACACUUACGGACGCUCCAGUGCUUUCAUGUGGAUGAGUGGAUACAUGUUGGAGUGGCUGCUCUCCUUCGACAAUCUGUUCGUCUUCCACCUCAUCUUCAAUCUGUAUGGCACGCCUGACCAUUUGAAGCAUCGCCCGCUCUACAUUGGGAUUUGCGGUGCCGUGGCAUUCCGCCUCAUGUUCAUCUUCGUGGGCGAGUACAUGAUGCAUGCGAUGGUCUUCAUGCAUUUUGUCUUCGGGGCCUUUCUUGUUUACACCGGCGUCAAGACACUAGCCAGCGACGAGGAGGAUGAGGAUCCUUCUCAGAACCCGAUGGUCAAGUGGCUACAGGAGAAGGUGCCAUUCGUCAACGUCUACGACGACAACGGGGCGUUCUUCGUGAAAGUGCCUGUGGAUGCAAACGGAUGCCCGGCCCCAGAUGACAAGAACCAGUUCGUUGCCCCCAAGGAUGCCGAGUGCGCGAAGAUUUCCGAAGGCAACAGCGAGGCCGUCUAUGGCACGGUGGACUUCUCCAACUAUAGGGCCACUGUGGCAGAGAACCCGACGAGGCAUCAUUGGGAGUUCCGCGCGACCACGCUGUUUCUGGUCGUCUGCUGUCUGGAGAUCAGUGAUCUCAUCUUCGCCGUCGACUCGGUGAGCGCGAUCGUGGCGCAGGUCAACGAUUUGUUCCUGGCGUACACCUCCGCAGUCUUUGCGAUGCUGGGCCUGCGCGCAACAUUCUUCAUCAUCGACGUGCUCGUCCACAUGUUCGAGCUUCUCAAGUACGGAGUGGCGGCCGUGCUCAUCUUCAUUGGAGUGAAGCUCAUUCUGGCCCACCACUACACCAUCGAGCCACACACUGUGGUCCUGGUCCUCAUUGGCUGCAUCGGGGCCUCCAUGGUCGCUUCGGUGAUGAAGGCAGAGAUGGAGAAAAAGAUGCAGGGCCACGACCCGGAGGAUGUCGCCAAGCGUGUGGAGCAGGUCAAGGAGAAGACGUCUCCCUACACUUCGCCCUACGCGCCUGCAGCCCUGCCUACUCAGCGCGCCUGCUGA